GGUACGUGCUGCUUUCCAAGCACAGAGAUCUUUCCUGGUGUUAGCAUCUCAAUGUCAAGAGCCUCAAGAGGUAAGAAAACUGACCUACAGUUUCAAGAGUCGCUGCACUAAAAAGGCUGUCUUCCUGCAUGUUUCAUAUCAUCUCUGCAUUUGCUUUUAUCUGUUACUUUAUACAGUGUACUUAGAUGCUUGCUUUUAGUUUUAUUAGCAUGGUACUGUAAUAAUCAGAAAGUUUACAAUAAUCAGAGUGAAGAAAUUUUUCUGAACAACACAUAUAAGACCACUGCAGAAAGCAAAGGAGGUUUUCAUUAUAGGGCUGUAGUAGGAUCGGUGUUUCUCUGGAAGCUGAAGAUACUAGGCAAUAUAAUGACUUUUUGCUAGCCCCACAGGGAUGUUGUAUAAUAGACUUGGAAGUUAGGGAAUAAGCUAUUGAGAGAAAAAAAAAGAUCAAUACUCGCCCCUAGACUGAAUACUCUCAGAGCUCUGGGUUAGUCUAAUUUUGGAAGAAGCAAUGCUUUUUGUCAAGAACAGGAAACAGCAUUUUAGAUCAAGUUGAUUUAUUUACUUUAGUGGUAACCUUUCACAACUAGAAGGCUCAGGGAGGCUGUGGAGUUGUUAAGAAAUGCCAUUUGAAAUGAAACGAAAUGUCAUUUGUGGUUUCUGCAGGGCACAAAGUUUUGGAUAGUAGCACUGUAUGAGUCCUGGGAACAGUGUCUGGGCAGCCCUUCUGUGGGACUGCUCUCCAACCUUCCUUCUGUGAGCAUGCAGAGAAUGAAGGCUCUACUUGCACAGCCUUCAGUUCUGUCUUUUUCUGGUAGAUCAUAGUUCACUAAACUCUGUAUUCUCAAAUCAGAGCUCUCUGCAACUAGGACGAAUUACUGAAAUUUUGCUGUGAUUACGGAUCUUAGAGAUACAAACUGAAAGUUUUUCUAAUCAGUAUCUUUUAAGGUACUCGAGGAAAAAAAGUGCAGAUAUUCCAGAUGACACUUCUGAUUUAUGGAGUUCCAAGCAAGGGAAGGGAUCUUUUGUUUUUCCAUCUGUCCCUGAUCUCAGAGAGUAAAAGUGGGUCAUGGUUUGCAGAGAACAGGCAAAAUUCCCACUGGUACAGGCCUCAAGAAGUCAUUUAUAUUGGCUGUGAACACAAUCACACCCAGUGGCCCACAAAACUCUUCAUGCUUGUUGGUAAAAUAUUCCCCAACGAACAGUUUCCAAUGGCCACUAAUGUAAUGCAGUGCUCCAGAUUGUUGGUAUUGUCCCCCCUCUGGUGAAAGUAAAAGCUCUGGCUCACUACUUGGUGAUGUGUUAUCAGUCUGAUUUUCUCUGCUUUUCAAGUGAGAAUUGGAGUGGCUUCUCCUAGAUUUUACCCUUAGCUUUUUCUGAACCUGAUGUCAAAGAUUUGAGAUUUUUUCAGCUGUAAAGUUCAGAGACUUUCAUUUUAAAAUGGCAGCAAAACAAGCAAAUUUAAAAAAAGAACAAGUGUAAAAAGAGAUUCUCCUGCGAUCCAGAACGACAGCUGCAGAAGCAUUAAGAAAAGCAACAAAUAAUAAAAACCUUGCCAUAAAUAUCACCACAGUUGGCCACGUGUAUGGCUGGGCAUUAUCAGGCUUGUAUGGGAUUGUUCAGCUUGUUGAUGGCAAAAAAAAGUAUUGUUUUAUCAUUUAAUUAUCUUUUAGCACAGAGGAAGUGCCGGACGAUAUGUGUGUUAAAAUACCAGGAAUAUUACAGGCUAAGGCUCGUUUCUCAGUGACAACAAACCCAGUCCAAUUACUGAAGGUUUUUUAACGUGAAGACUGUUAGGUACACAUUUUUAAUAGGCAUCCAAAACUCUACAGUUGUUAAUUCCUUUCCUCUUUUUUGCACAUACUUUUUGCACAGUCCUACAUGCAGCUAUAUAGCAGAUAACCUGAAACUAGUUGAAGGCUGCCUACUUUAUGCAACUUGAAUAGUAUGCUCUACUGCAGAGAGUGACAGCUCAAAAAACAUCAGGCUUUUUAUAUCUCCAUCUCAAUGGGGAAAAGAAUCCUUUUGCAAAGCUGUAUUAGUUAAGAGUUUUGAAAAAGCUAGUUAACACCAGAUAACGCCAGGGAGGGAAAGAAUCAGGGGUCCUUCCAACUCCAGGACUUCAUUGAUGCAAUGUCAUCUGGGCUCUGGUUGUAUUUACAGCCUAGAGCCACAGAGUCAGUGUGGAAUCCAAACAGGAAAGCUGGUCAUUAGUGUAUCGGAAUGCACAGGGUAGAGAAAAGCAAAUGAAGAUGACAGCAUAUCUAUAAAUGCAAGAGAAAAGAGAGUAAUUCUGUCAUUCAGCUGUCUAGACUGUUUGCUUUAUAAUGUAAAGCUGUGAAUGAGCCAGCGGGUUGCGAUUAUGGCAUAGUAGCUUUGCAGACAUUCAGAGACAGCGGUGUGGAGACGGAGGGGAUUUACUGAGUUCCUGUCAUGUUGGGAUGUCAUACGUGGUGCCUUUAAAAAAAAAAAAAAGGGAGGGGAAAAUGCCCUGCAAAAAUAAAUUAGCUCAGCUCUUGCAGCUUAUAACUAAUGAACAAGGAAUUCAAACAAAAAGAAAGCUCCUACAUGUAUAAUGAUCCUUAGACUUUUCUGUGCUUAGCAGAGAAGGAAGAGAAAUACAUGUCAUACAAAAAGCAAUAUUUUCCCCCUCUGUGAAAAUGUUGAAGGCUGUAGUAUUCUUUCAGAUCUUUAACUCCUUCUGUGAAUCACUAGCAAACAUUUUCAUUUCAGCUUGCUUAAGCUGCUUCUGCGGAGUUUUGCUCCUUGAUAAUAAAGCUGAUAUUUUUUUCAUUUGGAAUCUGCAGCAGUGCACAGCCUUUAUUAUCUGUAUAUGUGAAAACAGUAGGAGCUGGGAAGGUAAUUCCAGCUGGCAUACCGAUCUAGCAUCAACCGCAAUAAAUUACUUAGCAGAGAGCAUGUUCUGUUACUUUUUAUGGUCAUGUUCUAUAUUUGUGUGUGCAGUGGAAGAGGUCACAUGGCAAAACCACCGUUUGAUAUUCCUGUUUGUGUACGUCCCAGUUAACGGCUGCUGGGCGCAGGCUCAUUCAGCAAGAGGGAAUACUUGAGUUCAUCUGCUUCUCAGAAAUUACAUUCUGACAUCAAACUUCAAAUGUUAAAAAUAAAAGUCUGUAGGAAGUUGUUUAUUAUAUAGAGAGAGCAGAAAGAAGACGGUGAAUGGAAAAGAAAUCACACUGUCAUUUUAUUCUGGGAGAUGUUUUUAAAGGGUAUUUUGAGAGGAUGUUGCUCGGGCAAUUCAGAAGAUAAUGUGUUAAAGAAACUUUAAACAUAAAACUUCACAAAACAUUUAUGAUACACGUUUUGGAUGUGAAUUUUCUUCUGCCAGUACUCUAAGUCAAAUACAGUCUGACUGAAAAAUUAUUAUAUUGCAUAAUAAUGUUAAAAGUUAUUAGCCUUCCUAAGCAACUCUGUCUAACAAGUUCUUUAAUUGAGGAUCUUGUCCACAAACAUAUGAGAUCACUGCACCGAGCACGUGGCACUGCACUAAAUUCCUUGUGAAUGGUAACUUAUAUCACCUUCCCUUUAUGAGUUGCUUCAUUUCAUUUUAAAUCUUCAAAUAAUUUUAAAUUACACAUAUUAUUAGCUCUAUAAUGUUCUAUGUAAUAUUUAACAGUGUACUUAUAUAUUAUAUUGUAAUAUAUAUUGUUGUUUUUAAUUAUUAAUUCUAAAGCUCACAGUAACAAAUAAUGAUAGAAUAAGGUAAGAUGCUGCUGUGUUUAAUGGGAGCUACACACACUUACUUUGAUCCUCUGAGUUGUUAUGUGAAGAGGGUUAGUUUUAGUUAAUGAAGUCAUGGUACAUAUAUUGACUUUGUUGACUUGAAACUGUAGUGUAUCUUAAGUCUUCCCACAAACAGAAAAAUGUCCUUGUAAUUAGGCAAAACUCAGAACCAACGCAUGCCAUGGUAAGAAGCACUGCAAAGAGAUUUAAAUGACGAAUGCAGCUCAGACUAUAAAUGAUUACGUAACUCCUCAUUGAACUAAAAUAAAAUGCUGAGUUCAUGUGACUGGCGGAACUCACGGAUUUAAUUACUAACAUCGCGCAGAUAAACAUUCCAAUGAAAUACCCACUUAAAUAUCCAGAAUGUAUACAUAGGGGAGCGAGGGGUAAGAGAGGGCUUUCCUUUUCUUUUCUUUUUCCUAGAAAAGGGGAAAAAAUUAAACCCAGGAAACUGCAUUUGAAGUUGGAAUGAGAACCAUAGAAACAAAGCCUGAGGUUUUUAAUUUCUUCAUAAUCAAGCAAAAAUUCCAUUGUAGAGACAGAAUAGUUCUGGCCGUUUCUCUGAAUAGAGUUAUUCUCACAUUUUUUCUUCCAGAAAUUAAAGAUGGAGAUUUACAGUUUUGUACUCUCUUUCAGUUUAGGAUUAGUCAUUUUUUUCUUCUAUUUUUAAAUCACUCUGGUAACGGAACUCCUGGGAGUCCUGCAUCCUAGCAGGAUUUGUUUUCUAAUCACAUUAACUUGGUUUUUGCUUAUGGUAUUCCAUUUCCCACUAUUUUUCCCCAUACCUACCAGAAUCACCCUUAAUCACCCUUACUUUUUUCCAAAAAUAUAAAGACCAGUAUAUUUUUCAUUAAUUCAUUACUUACUUAUGCUAAGGAGUUUGAGACAAGUUUUGCUCCCACUCUACUUACUUGGUUGGCUGCUGCAAAGCUUCACCUUUGCAUCUAGAAAUAGCUUAAGGAAGAAUUUGAUUCACUCCUUUUAAGGUCCUCAGGUCUCAAACUUACAGAAGGUGCCAAAGAGUGACAUGGACAGACCCUGAGAGUCCUGAGCUCCAAAGGGAACCCCUUCCCCCAUCCUUUUCGCUGAAAUCUUGUCAAACUGUUAACAUAUUUCUGUUAUCAGCACGCCUACAACUGCAUGAGAUGUAUGGUCUCAGCCACAGCAAUGGACCAACUGACAGUUUCCAGUUGCUAUUCUUCUGCCUUGCUGUGUUCACAGGCUCAUUUCUGGAUAUUGUUGCUAACUCUUAGUUUCAGACUGGCUUUCAUCUUUGAUUAUUUCUUUGUUGCAGGUGUAUUGCCAGUCUCCAGAUAGCCCCCUGGCACCUAUUACCUCAUAACGUUGUCUCAGAAGUGUUAGAUAGCAUUUAAGCAGCCUAAGCUCAUGAUAUUUUCCGAUUGUGUAGUUAAUAUCUGUAGGUAUUCUUGUACCAUGUCUCUUUCCUCACUUGUGUUUACCAAAACUCCCCGAUUGAUAGUCCCUGUAGUGAAAAGAAUGAUGCAAGUGAAAUUCAACUCUGCCCCGCAUGCAGUGCACUUGGCUGUCAGAAGGCCCAGAGACACCUCAGGAUCCAGGGAACACAGAAGGGCCAGGUUGGUGCCGCAUCUCCCAGUCACUACCAAAGGGAAACAUAGACAGAGAUGCACAUCAGCACACACGUCUAGACUGGCUCAUGCCAACGCCACCAAACAGAGACUCUCCAGAAUCCUAUGUCCAGUGCAAGAGCCAGGCUCCAGUUAGCACAAGGAAAGGUUUCUUUCCUUGUUUUACUUCAUUCAUCAAUACUGGGACUAAGAACAGUAUCACCCUAUAAGGAAGACGUUAGACAAGAUAUCACUCCACACGUUAUCUAGCUCUUCACUUGAGAUACCCACUAAGUACUUCUGGGGAUCCCAUAGGCUCUUACUGCUGAGUUCUGCUGUGCCCUCAAAUGAUGUCCUAAAAUCACCAGACUAGUUUUCAAUCCCUCUAGCAAUGCUCAUAUUCAAACUGUGUCAUAUAAGAACCCAAUGACCUGUGCUGCUGGGACACCCCCCCUUCCCACUUAGCAUAAUGUUCUUUAGUUCUGUUAAAUGCAAAUCCAAAACAAUAUACUCCUGUCCCCAUGCUACCCAAUUGUUUCCCAGGACUUUUAGACUAUGUGUGAGCUGCUAAGAGAGGAAGAACAAAGGGUAACAGCCAACUGAAAAGCAGGGCUUUUCAGGUUCACAGUUUCUUCCAAAAUUUUCUGAUUUCAUUUUUGGUAUAAAUUGGACCACAACAACUAAUUUUUGAAUUCUGAGAGUUAUGCUGACUCAUAGGCUACUUAUUGAACGUGUCAGUUUUGUAUUUUUCGCUAGGGAGAUCUCAGGUGAACCACAUAAAUGUCCAAGCAUCUAACUUAUCUGUCCUGGCACAUACCUAUGUGGAAUCUAACCAGACUUAACAGAAAGUUGUGAGAUCUCAGAUGUUGUGCACAGAACAAUUGUGGUUCCAUAAAAUACCAUUUUCUGAAAUAAUUUUGCUAGUUGAAAUGGCCUAGGGCCCAUUGGCAUGGACUACAAUCACAGCAGCAAAGAUCAAAGAGUAAAUCAAUAGGCAGUUCAUUUGUGUAAUUUUCUUGUUGAUGAGGUGUGGGAUGUUUUUUGGCCUGUGUGCCUCAAGCAGGAGGACCCUUCUGUGCUGAAGGUGCUGCUCAUGAGGAGCUGUAGUGAAAAGGAAAACAAUAUAGAGAGCACUGAAGUCCAUUUAAAAAACAGCGUGUUGGCCAAAAGUGCAGAGUGUGAUUUGGCACUGCUGCAAACUGCUGCUUGCAGCUCCUGUCAGGCCCUGGAUUUCUCCACAGGUUAGCAGCUAUUCUCUUUGAUGUUCACCAUUUACCUUCCCUAAGAGUUAGCAUUUCAAAAUGACUAAAUUUGUCAUGUGGGAUUUGGGUUUGCUGUUCCCAUUUUUUUCACAAGCACAAAAUUGCUACAGCUCAACUUGGCUGUUAGAUUGAGAAUUUAUGUGCUAAGAGGAAUAAAUGCCAAAUACCAAUUAAGUCACUUUGGAAGCACACAAAUGUAUCUAAGCUUCCGUGUGGAUGAAGCUGACGAGACAUUUCUGCAGAUUUGUCUCCCUGUGCCAUAGUCCUGCUGCUGCACAGCAGUGAGUUGAAGUGGCAAAACGUGUGCUAUCGGCAAAUACUUCUUCUACCACUAUGCUGAAAAUGUACAGGCUGAGAAAACAAGAUCAAAAUAAAUUAAUCUCUCUCUUUAGUUAGCCAGGAGACCUCUGAACCCUACAAAUAUCGGUAUAUUCUAAGGAUGGGAAUGUGAACCACUGAGUUCACGUGCAGUAGGUUACACUGUGGUGUGAAACGGGAAUGUGAAACACUGUGAUGUGGAACACUUCCUGCUACAAGAGAUGGAGAUAAGCAGUGUGAAAAGAAGUUUGGUGGCAGCCAGUAAAAAAAAAAAAAAAAAUACUGACAGUGUUUUGCUGGAGAAAUGAGGUAAAGAAAAAAAUGUGUGUGAGAAAUCCAGAUAUUCACUACAAGCAACGUGAUUUGGAGGCUGAAAGUUAUGAAGUAGCUUAGAUUCACCUCUGAAAAAAAAAUAUUUUCCAUAUACUUCAUAAAAAGAUUAUUCCUCACCCUAAUUUGAACAUUGAUUCCAUUCACAUACACAGCCGCAACAGAAAAGAUAAGCCCUUCUGAUUCUACAUAUAUUCCAAAAAGGGAUCAGCUCCAAUUUUCAAGUCUUCCAUACAGUUUGCCUUCUAUAUAAUAUAGGAAAGUACAGUUGACCUGAAACCGUUUUGAUUUCAUAUCAGAGCCGUCCAUUGUAGAAAUGCUCCUCGUUGGCGGUCACCAAAACUACUGGUACCCUACCUGAAUAGAACACAAUGAGAUUGUGCUCAUCAGCAUUAAGAGUCAAGGCAGGUAUCUCACUUAAGGUGUCCUUCUGGGCCAUCUUUACAGUUAAUGGCAGAACAUCUUGAGUGGAAUCUUCACAUUGCAACAUCUAUUAAAGACAGAAAGAAUUCCUCAGGGACAUCUCUCUCUUCAGUUACAAUAGAGGGAAUUAAGUCUCAGCUGAGAGCAGAUGCUCACUCCUUAAGCUGUUAGACCUGCAUGUGGUGGAUGCUGUCCAAGACAUCUUUCACCCCAUGAGAGUGUGGGAUGGGACUGUACAAGGUUGUUAACACAUAUAAUGGCUGAAUCUACAUUACUGUUUUAGUUCACAGGGGGGCGAUGCUUUUUCUCCAAAUCAGCUCCACUUACUGCACUGUGAUCACAUUGCAGUCUGAGGGUGUGCGAAAUGGGUACCUUUCUGAUGAAGUUAGAUGGAAGAUGGCUGCACUCUCAUAGAGCACCUCAACUACAAUUUACAGCUAGUCCAAAAUAACCUCCCGGAGAUGCAUACAGUGUGAAUGCCAGGUCGUCAGCACCAACUGUUUUGCUCUACAGAUCCAUUCCUACUAGGCUGCACUAUUUGCCAACAUGCACAAAGACAGAUGAUUGAAAUCAACUCUGUUUCAGACUUGCCUGUGAAAAAUAUAAUGCAAAUAUAAUGGACAUCUUGAACUGAUGGAAGAAAAGAAAAUAACAGAACUGUAGAAUAGAGACAGCAUAGAGUUAAGGUCGCUCAGGCUGCAGCUGAGUAAAAUGAAGGGCCCAUUGAUCUCAAAUGCUCUCAGUUUUCUUUUACUGGUCCUAUCCUAAAGGCUGCCACCCCCUCACUUAACAUAACUUAAAAGAGAAUUUGUUCCCUUGCCGUAUUUUUUUCACAAAAGGCUGGCUUGGCUUAAACACUUUAAUAGUGAGGUCUGAAAAGUCACCACCCAUCAACAUAAAAAUUCUUCAGUUAACAAUGUCAGCCCUCAAAACCAUGUAAUACUAGCCAAAAAGUACAUACGUUCUUUAAAAGAUACAUUUUUAUUUACCUGCUGGGUUUUGUGCUGUUGCAAUUCAUGCUGGCAGGCUCCUGCACAACAACGAUCCUGAGAAAAUACCUGUUUUCUCCAGUGAAGCCUAAGGUUUUCAACUAGUCCCUUGUUCCAGCAGCCAAAGGUUAAGCAAGCAUUAUUGUGCAUAUAUAAUCAGUUUUAUUGCGCCUUAAUACACAAAUCCCAACAUACAACAGUUUGGCCUUUCUCAGAAUUAAAUCCACAUGCCUCAGUCCUGUUAACCUGUCAUUGGUGGAAUUUCUGUGAGUAUUAUGAAAAAUCUGAAGGGAAAAAAUGUGUUCAGUAGGUUCUGUGGGAAUACUGGUAUUCCAGGCCAUUUUGUGAGACUGGGCCUAGACUGCUCAACCUCUGAAGCCAAAGCCUAACGCACUUCUUUUUGUAUUCUGUAACUUUUUGGUUGUUGGUUUUUUUUCUACUCACUAUUCUUGAUUUUCUAUAAGGAAUUCAUGGAUCAAAGCUGACUAGUUGUUUGGGUAUUAAAAUUUAAAAAGACAGUCUGGUUUUAAUAAUCAUUAAAAAGGGACAAAGGAAUUCAGGAAUUACUUUUGAUAUUUUUACGUUGUGCCAUUAUUGCAUUUUUAAACGUUUCAGCAAAACCGAUCUUAUGAUAGGAAUGGUGUUCAUACAGAGAGUGUUAAAAUUCUGUUAAACAACUGUGCUGUGUCUUAAAUGACAGGACAUCUUAUCUGGCACAUGCCAAAGGCAUGCUGAAGAUUUUUCCAAUGGCUCUGAGUCAUCUCCUUGAAUUCAUUUUUUCUUAGAGAUACAAUAUAGACAAUCGGUUAAUUAAUAACUGUUCUUAUAGUCAUGGCCAUGAAGAGAUUAUUCUUCUAGAACCCUUAGCACAACUGGUUCUGUAUUGUAGAGCCAAACAAGACUGAUUAAGGCCAGAAUUAACGAUUCUAUAUCCAUAUGCCAUAUACACUAUAAUUCAUCUGUCAUCUAAUCACUAAUUAAAAGUUUUGAACCAACUGCAGGGAGACAAGACUCAAGUGAUUCUGUGCAGGCCUGUAUUCCUUCAUUCCCAACCACUACACAGAAGCUUGGAUCAUAAGAAGCUCACAAACACACACGAUGCACAGUCAUCCAGACAAGCAGAAAUCAUUACAAAAUAGGAUAAGUGCACAGAGAAGGGAAGGUAAGCUAUACUGCUCCUACAGUGCAAAAUAGACAGGAGAGAGCUGAAGAUAUCCUCAGGCCCUUCGUGGUUCUUUGCCAAGUGAAUGAUUACUUUGAUCUACUUCCCUUUGCGUAUUAUUUGCCUUUAAAACUCUUACACUGAAUUUCUGUGAAAUUACUUCAAUUCACUGCAUUUUUCUUAACAGUUGAUUCCCAACAGGUUAAGUCCUGUGUUCUGAGGCACAGAAAUACUGUCUACUAGUAAGAGGAAACCCUCACAAAACUGGUUGGGAGUUUUUCCAUGAGUGUAAGUGGAGUAGGAGGAGGAGCAGCCUUACGUUUCCAUUAGGGAAAACAUUCAGCCCUGACUUUGCCUUCUUAUCUGUAAAUAUCAAAAUGUUCUACAAAGACAACCAGCUAUAUUAACACUGUUUUAUAUAGAGGAGGGAGCACAGAAAGGUAACACCGCUUUCCUAAAAUCCAACGACAAUUUGGCAGAAGAGCUGCAAACAGAACCUCCCUUUGCAGGCUCCCACUUCAGUGCCCCAUCCACAGAAGCGUGCUGCCUCCCAGCGCUGUCUAGAUACUCCAGGCAUCUGCACAGCUGUAUUUUUAGCCCUGCUACUCUCUCUGUCUGGAACGGGACCAUGAAGAUUCACAAUAAGACAAAGACUGUAAAUAUCCCUUCAACUUUAUAGGAGGAAAACUGGCAUCAUAUCAAAGCAGGACAAGCACUUUCUUAAAUUUCAGCUUUGCUAACUACUGACAUACUUAAAAGAUCUCCCUUAAAAAGAAAAAAAAAACAAAGAACCCACCAGCUGCAGUGUGUUGUAAACAAGAAAAAUUAGAAGGAAGAGUUCCUGCAGAAUGUAACAUUUUAUGGCAUCAGAAUCAAUUUUUCAGAACUACAGAUCACGGAGGUUUCGGGGCUCUUUCAGAGUUAAUGACUUGCACUGGUCAUUAAGCCAUAAACAAAAAUCUUUCCAUCUCCUAGUAGUACUGAAAACAUUGGUUCUCUCCCAGCCCACUUUGCUGCAGGAGAAGACCAAAUAUUCCCAUGUACUUCAGAUGCCCAAGCCUUUCUCAAAACUACAUUACCACUAAAAUAUUAAGGCCCCGUUGUUGGAUCAAAAUUCUUUCAAAAUUCAUAACUUAUUUUUGUCCUAUUUUGAGGAGUGUCUUUUGAGUUAUGCCGAUCCAUAGCAAACAUGCUUAUUUUCAGGGGACAUGAUCUUUGAGGUCCCUUCCAACCCAAGCUACUCCAUGAUUCUAUAAUUCUAUGACAUAAUAUUCUGUAAAGCUGAGGUCUCACAGAAAGCUGGAAAGAUGUAAUGUAGAGGUGUCAGAGACCGAGUAGCAGGUAUAUACACAUUGUUUUGUGUGCUGACAGGACAGUCCUCAAAAUUAUGAGGAUUAGUUUCCUCUGGCAAACACUUCUACUAAACAGGGACUCCUGAGGAAAAAAAAAAAAAAGGUGAGUAGAAACUACAGAGUUCUGCUACUUCAUCAGGAAAAUAAUACCUUGAGUGACUUCUGAGUGAAGAGCCAGAAUGGGCCAUGCUCUCUGGUGGGACAUAGUAUGGGUUCCGCAAGCAUACUUUUACAAUAAAUAUUUUGAUUGUUUUUACGGAAACAUAUUACAAAGUUGCAAAAUUCAGCAGUUCUUUAGCUUGUAAACUAAUGACUGCUUCUCUCUGAAUGAGCUGUUUCUGAGUGGAAGAGUUUUUUCCCAGCAAGUUAGUGCUCCAAAUUGGUUUUUCUGAGACACUGGAUCUGUGUGAUUAGCAUUCACUUUGCAGAGAAGAAGAGCUUGGAUAGCUUCUACAUUCAUUCUGCUUUUCUCCUCACUGCAGACACUGUUCCUUCCGCUCAACAGUCAUUCCCUUGGAUACCAUUCCUUUCUGAUUAACACAGGGGAAUUUCUCCAAGCCAUGCCUUGCAGGCAGUGUGUUUCCCAUGAAAUGCUCCCAUAUUACUUGCAGCCAAAGGAAAUUUAAAAAUUAGAACUUACCAGCAGGGAGAGCUACAAUGGAUAUUGCCUUCACUGCAUUACUUUCUAAAUUUUGUCUCCAGAUGAUAAGAGGUCACUAAACUAACAAGUAAUUUGUUUCUUAUAGAAAGAACAGCUGGGUUAAUAAUAUGAAAAGCUCCAGCCAGUGUAAAAAAAAAAAAAAAAAAAACACUGAAAAAAAAAAAAAAGAAAAAGCUGCAGAAAGAUCACACCAGAAAUGCUAGAACUCUGAGAUAUGGGGUGUCUAUGGCCCUUAGCCAGGAUGACAUGUAAAAAUGCUGCCAGUCCUGAGAACAGUUUUUGCCACAUCAUAUUAUUAAUACUUAAUGUCAGUGCACUUUGCUGCUACAGCCAGAGCAGGAAUGAAGUGGCAGUGCUUCUCAAGCCGAUAUCAGAGAAGAUUCAGGAAAUACAGAACUUUAGAGAAAGAAACAGAGGAAGUAAAAUGUUCAACCAUCUCUCAGCCGUCAGCGAAAGCAUACCUGCGCUCGGCUGGAUAGCAGUGUCUCCUAAACCAGGCCCUUAUGUCAAGGAGAUGAAUGAUGCUGCUACCUUUUAUACUAACAGGGUAUUAAAGGACUACAAGCACAGUGAUACACGCCAUGUUGAUUGGGUGAAGUCCUACUUGAACAUCUGGUCUGAGCUUCAAGCAUAUAUCAAAGAACAUCAUACCACAGGUCUCACCUGGAGUAAAACUGGUCCUGUUGCAUCACCCACAUCUAUGAGGUCUGUCCUAACCAGUGGGUCAUGCCUCUCUUCACCGCCUCCACCACCACCGCCUCCACCGGGACCUCCCCCCAUCUUCGAUACAGAAACCCCCCCAAAGGAUGAAGGAACGGCAUCUCGCUCAGCCCUGUUUGCACAGCUUAACCAAGGAGAGGCAAUUACCAAAGGGCUUCGCCAUGUCUCUGAUGACCAGAAGACUCACAAGAACCCCAGCCUACGUGCCCAAGGUCCACCCGCUCGUUCUCCCACGAAAAGCCAUACUCCGAGUCCCACCUCCCCCAAGAACUCCCCGCAGCAGAGCCAUGCCCCCGUCUUGGAGCUAGAGGGGAAAAAAUGGAGAGUGGAAUAUCAAGAGGAUAAGAAUGACCUGGUCAUUACCAACACUGAACUCAAGCAAGUAGCCUACAUCUUCAAGUGUAACAAGUCUACACUUCAGAUAAAAGGAAAGAUCAAUUCAAUUACUAUCGAUAACUGUAAAAAGUUUGGCCUCGUGUUUGACAACGUUGUGGGAAUCGUGGAAGUGAUCAAUUCCAGGGAUAUUCAGAUUCAGGUGAUGGGGAAAGUGCCAACCAUUUCUAUUAACAAAACAGAAGGCUGUCACAUCUACCUCAGUGAGGAAUCGUUAGAUUGUGAGAUCGUGAGUGCCAAGUCUUCUGAGAUGAACAUCCUCAUCCCCCAAGAUGGUGAUUAUAAAGAAUUUCCGGUUCCUGAACAGUUCAAGACAGCAUGGGAUGGAUCUAAGUUGGUCACUGAACCUGCAGAGAUCGUGGGUUAACCUCCUAACACCACUCAGCGCUCACUGACCAUGACCAGACUAUAGCCAGCAGAAACAACGCAGCAACGUAAAGAACUAGAAAUAGCAGUAGCUCCUACUGCUGUGAUAGGCCUUCAAGCAUUAGCUGUGCAUGCUAGAAACAAUAACUCAUCUGGCACGCUUUUGUUAGGCACCUCAGCAUUUCUCAAGUUUCCACAGUUUGCCUUCACUUACGGUUUUACUUCUCAAUGAUGUCAUGUGAAUGUAAUGGCUUGAAACCCCCGCCUUCCAGUCUCGUCAUUGGUUUGAAACACUUUAUUCGUUAAGCCAAAAUACUGCAUGAAACACUUGGUUAUCACAUUGCUUCCGGGCAUUCCUUCUUAUGUUUCUGCUAAUCAAAAACAGCAUUAAGACUCUCCAGUGUUUUUUUCACCUUUUAAGCUACUCCUGUAUAAUGCAGUACAAACGCACCCCUGGGGAGAACUACCUGACAGUUCCUUCUAGUUCUGUGGCAAUCUUUUUUUUUUUUAAGCAAGCAAAAAAAGGAUAACUUUCAGCAAUACAUUUUCCUAAUGGAAGAGGAAAUAACACGAUAUUUUAAUCUAACACUUUUCUAAUGUGUGUAUUUAGAAGAUCCCUGUGUUUUCAGUGAUACAAGAUUUUAUUCUGGCCCACGCAGACCUGCUGUUGCCCUCUCAUUUCCUGCAAAUCAGUAAUUCUUUUGAAACUGAAGCCUCGUGUGAACUAACACCUUGCAGCAAAUCACCUGAAAGGUUUUGCUCCACAGCUGUCUUUUGUUGUUUUUCAGACAAUCCCUCAUGCUUUAAAUCUCACACUCUGUCCUGCAAACUGCACCUUUGCUAUUCAGCAAGCUGGCAGGGGAGAUACCACGACCAGGCAGGUGGUUUUCCCAGGGUGAGAGGCACAUGUCAGAGAUCACUUAGUUUGCUUGUUAAAGUUCCUUUAAAAUCUAUCUAUCAUACCUAUCAUAGCUUCUAUCGAUUAAAAUAUCUUUUUUCUGUUUCUUCCCUGCAUUUCUAACACUUAUUCAAUUUCAAAUACAUCCACGAAGCAAAGCCAUAGAUUUAUGACCUAUCAGUUGAGCCCAAAUAAAGCCCGCUUGGCCCUUCAGUUCUACUUUCUAUAGUCCCUAUUGUACAUGCUUUUUUAACAAAGGUGGAGUCUUGUAUACAUUUGUACUAUUUCAGCACAUAGUACAAUAAAAUUUUAAAAUUUUGCAGCCAGCAUAUGUUUUUGAUCACUUGUAAUACUUUGUAAUGGUGAAAUCAAAGUGAGAUGCUUGCAGAGCUAGUUACAAGCUAAAUUUUGUGCCUAAUUUACCUUGAAAGUACAUUAAUCCUUGAGGGUUUUUAACUAUCUUUGAUUGUACAACCUAUAUAACACAACAGUAGUGCUCAUUCCGCAAGGUUUUGCUAUCUGAUCUUUAAUCUAUAUGUAUAAUGUGUCUGCCUUAGUAUAUACCAUUUUUCAACAGUAGACUUCUUAUGAAAUAAAACAGGAAAAUGUACUUGUUUAAAUAUAAAGUUGCUCAGAGCUUA